AUGACGAAUGAAGACCGAUCUGUGCUCAAGUCGCAUACAUGGCGUGUUGAUACAACUGUGUGUGUGUGCAUGUGGGUGCAUGAUUUUUGCACGUGCAAUCAUGCAUGCACACGCACACGCUCACACACACAUAUGGUGUGCAUUUGUACAGAGAGACGGCUGCAGUUUCUCCAAGGUACUGAAUCUCUUCCAAAAAAGACAGAAGCUGCUUUCAUUAUGUAUACCCAAAGCAAAUAAAGCCACCUAGUGUCAUUUAAGAGAGGAAGAGAUUGUUGAAUUAUGCUAAUUGGUAUGUUUCAAGACUGUUGGUGCUGGACCAAUUCUUUCCCUCUUGUUUUAUGCCUGUCUUGAGCGUCUCUUCCUGCUAGGACAUGCCUUGUCUUUUAUGCUUAGGUUUGGAUCAGAAGUUAAUUCCCCAUUUUGUGUUUCCUUCAUGAUUUUGUAAUAGGAACUCUGAAUGUAUUUAUAGCUAUUUAUUUCUAGAUUGUCACUAUCUUGGAAUCAAAUCAGAACUGUUUAUUGGCAGUAAGGAUCAUUUCCCCCUCUAUUGAGUGAAAAAUACAAACACAACUUUUAUCUGUCUGCUGCAAAAGGAUCUGUCUUAUUGGAGUUUUCUACAUUGGAAAAUCAAGUGUUUCUUCAUUAUAAUUGGCAAAAUAAAAAAAUGCUUAUAAGUCAUAAGCAUCAGGAGUAAAGGCAUUACUGAAACCUUGUCAGUUCUGUCCUUAAGCAUAAAUUACCAUAAAAGCAAAGCGCCCAAAAAGAGCCAAAGCGGCUGCUUUCUGGAAAGGUUGCCUUUUCCAACAGUUUCGUUCGGAAGCUAUGCAGAAGUUCAGGAGUUUUGCACCAAGCGCAUGAUCACAUAAAGCUGGCACUCCAUAGAAAUUUCUUAAAGCUGUUUUCAGUUGAGGAAGGUGAAUUGUAUCUUGGAUAUAACUAUCACAGUGCUUAGUAGCUCAGCAGCAAAUAUUCCAGGACCCCAAGCAAGCUUAGAGUUUGGGUUUGGCUUUCUGUUUGAGAGCUAAUGGACUUUUGUUUGUUUGGUCAAAAGGCGCGGAGGUCUGAUGAGCUCACCCUCUUUUUGAAUGAGGCAGGCAUGCCACUGGCUUGUGCGGGGGGAGGCACUUAAAGUGCAAUAGAAGCUUGCUGCAUUUUCAUCUGGAGCCUCACCUUUCCAGGACUAUGGUGCUUCUUCAUCACCCCACCAGAUGAUUAGCUUUGUAAAUAUAUAAAUACUGUUUUUAAGAGACUUGCUCCUCUAGGCUUGUUGCUCAUAAAAUAAUCCAAGGGCUGGCUUUUCCCAUGCAAGAGUCUGCUCCCACCAAUACAAAGGAGAGCCCCAAUACCUGCCCCAAACAGCAAGUUACACAAUGCAUCAGUUGUGUGGGUUUGGUUGGGGGGGGGGGGCGGUUCAUAAUAAACGAAGAGGGGGAACUUUGUAGCGAAUGUAAAACUUAGUUUACUUCUGCAGUUUCUAAACUGUAUUAAGAAAAUUUAAAUAAAUUUGCUCAGAAAAUACUCCUUGUCUGUUGUGUUCGGCUCUGGUGAAGAAGGGCAGAAUUAGAAGCAGUGGAGGGCGUAGAACUGGUUCAGAGGGAGGAGCAGGCAGAGCCUUCAGUCUGGAAGGUCGCUUUGCCUGAAGCCUCACAGAAUGGCCAUUUUAUCAGCCAAAGAGUAGCAGCCGAUAGUCCUUUAGGAAUUGCCCUCAUCUGAUGCUCAAAGAAGGCAAUAUCCACAAGGUUAGAGUCCCUCCCACCCCACCCCAAUUAUGCCACCAAGGCCCUGGGACAGGCAAAACUGAGUAUGCAGCUGCUCAAUUAUGGGAAGAUGUUCCUGUGAUUGUGAAAUUUGGCCAUCUUAACUUUGCUAUCCAUUAGUGUUUAUGGCCGGGGCUGGGGGGUUAUGUCACUUUAUCAUAUAUGAAUACAUUUUUUGGCCUCUUUCUGAGAUUUGGUUCCCCUCUCCCUUCUUCUCUGAUUCUUUUCAUCCUCUAUUGUAGUGAGUGUGGCUCAGUAGUCAGUCUGCGUUGCCUCUUAUUUGGGAUCAAAAGAGACAGAGGCCACUUAGCAGGUGAAGGGAGCAGGAAAGAGACUGUGCACCAAAGAAGGCAAAGAUUGCAAGCCUGCAAGACUUUAUUGUAUGUGAGCUGCUCUGGGAGCUUUUUGCCUGAAUAAUAGGUACAAAUGCUCUAAAUAAAUUAAUAAUGGUGGUGAUGAAAUAAUAGAAGAAGCUGCCUUGGGAUGAGCACCAGAUCCACAAUGGCAUCCUGAUCUUAGUUGGUUGUGCAUCCUUUGAUGGAGUCCCUUCAGGAAAGGGCUUGUGUGCCAUUUUGAGCCGGAUUCCCUGUCAUAUGAGGGACCCAUGAAGGUGCCAUUUUGGUGCUCAGUUCCAGAGAACGCUUUGCCAGGCAGCGCAUCCCAGUGGAUCUGCAGCCUCUCUGGUGAUUGAGCUCAAGCAGCCCAGUCGUCCCAAAGGCAUCCUGGCUGCCUGCUGGGCCGAGGGUGAGGAAAGCAAUGCUUGCCGUCUCGAGCAAUGCAGCUUUGUCCUUUUUAAUAUGUCCAAGUGACAAAGUUGAAAGGUGGGCCUGGGGCGCCAAUGAGUUUGAAGUUCUUAUGAUCUGCCCAUUAAGUGUUAGCCUUCACCAUCAUGUUCAUUGUCCCCACAAAGUGAGAGUGUAGGAAGUGCUCUGCAGUGUCUCCUUCCUGGGCCUGGAGGUGAUUUAACACUCUUAUUUAUUGAUUCUCUUGAUUAAACUCUAAUUUUAUCUCCUAUAAGUGUGGAAGAUUUACAUGAAGUAUGUUCCAUGAAGCCUGUGGCACAUUAGAAUAAUUGAGUUCAUUCUCUCUAGAGUCCUCAUCUGCACUUGGAAUGCAUUAUUUUUAUUUUAUGUAUCCUACUUAGUUUUUUCAGGCUUUGGUUUGCUAGGCCACGAUUAUUUCUAAAGUAUCUUGUGUUCCAGGUAUCAUUCAUCUGUAUUGCUUUCUGCUUAACAACAACAACAAAAAUCCACUCCAGAACAGACAUCACCCCACCCCUAAAGAAGAGUCAAGCAAUAGAGGAACUUCAAAUUACUGCAAUCUAUUAACUACAAAUUCUAAAGAUACUAAAUUCUGUCAGCUGCGACUUGAACCAAGACAAAGGACAAGUGUUAAAUGGCUUACCAAUGCCAAUAUAUUUGUGUUAUUGCCAGCUCUGUUGCCAACUGCCACUGUUAAUAGCAUGUUUGUCACUGUCCAUGCCAGUUGGUUGGGGAUCACCAUCUGA